AUGGAUUCAGGAUUAACAGAUAAUAACAUAGGUGCAGGCGAGAGCAGUAAUGACGGACAGCAAAUUGAGCAGAAACCAGUAAUAGACCAAGGAUCGGGGGGAGCUUCUGAUGAGAGUCAGUAUGUGACAGUCAAGGUAAGAAGCCCAGAUGGAGAACAAGUUCUGUAUAGAAUUAAGAAGAAGACUCGUCUACAAAAGUUGAUGAAUUCUUUCUGUCAAAGAACUGGCCAAAAUGAGCAAUCAAUUCGCUUUUUGUUUGAAGGUGAGCGUUUAAGACCAGAGAUGACAGCUGAGGAUGCUGGUUUACAAGAAGGAGAUCUGAUUGAUGCAAUGAUUUCUCAGGUUGGAGGAGGAAUUUAA